GUGACACCAAGCACGAGCUGGGAUCUGAUGGGAAGAAAUGGAGCACAACCAGCACGUUGACAGUCCUCUCCUACAGGCCCAACGCCACAGCCAGCUGCAUCAUCCACCACCCAGCCCUGAGGGAAGAGAAGCUGAUGGCAUCUUUCCACUUCCAGGACUUCCCCAGGACGGGAUCCAAACAACCAACCAGCCCUCCUGCAGCACCAGAGAGUCCAGCAGGUUCCAGCUCAGCACCAACACCAACCCAGCAAAGCCUCCCACCAGAUCUCACAUCUGAUUGGCCUGAAGGAUCAGCAGCUUCCUCAGGAGAUGAAGAAUUGGGAGGUUCCUCGGGUUAUGGUGACCCCAAUGGGACUGAGACAGCAUCCAAAGGAAAUGUCACAACAGAGGAACUUCCCAGGACAGAAGCCCCACUGCCACGUGAAAACACCACUGUGACUUCCACCUUCACUGCUGAGCAAGAUCCCAAAUCCAAAGGCAUCAUAAAGAAGGAGAAGGACCUCUUGCUGCCAAUCCUGGUGGCUGCCCUGAUUUUUGUGCUGCUCAUCAUUGUCCUGCUUUUCAUGAUGAAGCUGAAAAAAGCUCAUGGAGUGUGGAAGAGAGGUGGGUGAUGGCCCUGGAAUGUUGACCAUGGAAUUGCUGUGUUAAGCCUGUCUCUGAGCUGGUCAGGCUGAUUGAACCCCCAUUUCAUAACCAGGCCCUCAGGAUUUUCAUGCUAAAGGCAGAGGGUGAGAAAGAGUAGUGGGAAAAAAAUUAUUCUCUUAAUUACAUCUCUUUUCUGUGCAGAAAAUGAUGUUUCAGAGCAGACACUGGAGAGUUAUAAAUCCAGAUCUAAUGAAGACAGUCCAGGCCAUGAGAAGAAUGGACAAGGUAAAAAACUUUAACCAACAUAAACUAAUUCCUUUGGGGCA